AUGGCUCGUGCUACAAUAUUUGGGGCUACAUAUCAUCGAUUUCGACCACACACAAGUCACCCCGCUGGGUUCAAGUGUGAGUAUGGUCUUGAUGGGAUGUCCACUGUCUUCUACAAAAUGUAUUGUCAUGUCAUAAGGAAUGACCUUAUAGAUGUGAUAAGAGCUUUUUUCGCAGGGGCUACAUAUCAUCGAUUUCGACCACACACAAGUCACCCCGUUGGGUUCAAGUGUGAGUAUGGUCUUGAUGGGAUGUCCACUGUCUUCUACAAAAUGUAUUGUCAUGUCAUAAGGAAUGACCUUAUAGAUGUGAUAAGAGCUUUUUUCGCAGGGGCUACAUAUCAUCGAUUUCGACCACACACAAGUCACCCCGUUGGGUUCAAGUGUGAGUAUGGUCUUGAUGGGAUGUCCACUGUCUUCUACAAAAUGUAUUGUCAUGUCAUAAGGAAUGACCUUAUAGAUGUGAUAAGAGCUUUUUUCGCAGGGGCUACAUAUCAUCGAUUUCGACCACACACAAGUCACCCCGUUGGGUUCAAGUGUGAGUAUGGUCUUGAUGGGAUGUCCACUGUCUUCUACAAAAUGUAUUGUCAUGUCAUAAGGAAUGACCUUAUAGAUGUGAUAAGAGCUUUUUUCGCAGGGGCUACAUAUCAUCGAUUUCGACCACACACAAGUCACCCCGUUGGGUUCAAGUGUGAGGCUACUGGCCCGGAUGUUCCAUUUGCUUGGGGAUACUGCUUCAAAGAAGAACAAGGCAACCCACCAGAUUAUUGUGUUGCAAAUCAACAAUGGCCAUGCGUUCCGGGUAAGAAGUACUAUGGUCGAGGCCCCAUCCAAAUCUCAUACAACUACAACUAUGGUCCAGCAGGAAGACCCAUUGGAUUGAAUCUGCUAAACAGCCCCGAAACCGUUGCAAACUAUCCAGUAGUUUCUUUCAAGACAGCGUUGUGGUUUUGGAUGACACCCCAAUCGCCAAAACCUUCAUGCCACGACGUCAUCACCGGAACAUGGAGGCCAUCGGCAGCAGAUACAGCAGCCUAUUAA